CCAGCAGCAGACUUCCUCCCACUUCCAGUCCGGACACUUUCCCCCCCCUUCCAGUCCGGACACUUUCCCCCCCUUCCAGUCCGGACACUUUCCCCCCUUCCAGUCCGGACACUUUCCCCCCCCUUCCAGUCCAGACGACACUUUCCCCCCCUUCCAGUCCGGACACUUUCCCCCCCUUCCAGUCCGGACACUUUCCCCCCCUUCCAGUCCGGACACUUUCCCCCCCCCUUCCAGUUCGGACACUUUCCCCCCCUUCCAGUCCGGCACCCCUUCCCGGACUUUUCCCCCCCUUCCAGUCCGGACACUUUCCCCCCCCCUUCCAGUCCGGACACUUUUUCCCCCCUUCCAGUCCGGACACUUUCACCCCCCCUUCCAGUCCGGACACUUUUUCACCCACUUACCCCCCCUUCCAGUCCGGACACUUUCACCCCCUUCCAGUCCGGACACUUUGACCCCCCUUCCAGUCCGGACACUUUCCCCCCUUCCAGUCCGGACACUUUGACCCCCCUUCCAGUCCCGGACACUUUCACCCCCUUCCAGUCCAGGACAAUUUUCAGCUUUUCAGCGCUAUCACAAUUUGAAUGA